AUGGGUUUCAGGUCUGAGAAAGAGAGUCAUCUGGUGGGGGAUAACGGUGGAGAAGAUGGAGAUGGUCGGAGAAGGAUGGUGAUGGGGGCGAACGUUGAUGGCAGGAGGAGGUCAGGUGGAGGUGUUCUUGAUGACACAUACUUCUGCAAUCAGUGUAUACGCAAUUCAGGAGUAAUAAUUAAGAAAAGCAUCAAUCCACUUAUGGCUGAAGCUGAAGCAAUCGAGAGUGAUCAAAACGUGUUACAGAAACACGUUGCAUUCUUUGAUCGUAACAAUGAUGGUGUGAUUUACCCAUGGGAAACUUUUCAAGGGUUUCGAGCAAUUGGGAGUGGUAUUCUGUUAUCGUCAGUUGCUGCCAUCUUCAUCAAUAUGGGUCUUAGUGGCAAAACUCGUCCAGGAAAGAAGUUCCCUAAUCUACUUUUCCCGAUUGAAAUAAAAAACAUACAUUUGGCCAAACAUGGUAGUGAUUCAGGAGUCUACGACACUCAUGGAAGGUUUGUUCCUUCCAAGUUUGAGGAGAUAUUUCACAAGUAUGCACACACGAAUUCAGAUGCCUUGACUUCAGAUGAACUGGACAAAUUUAUCAAAGGAAACCGGGAACCCAAGGACUAUGCAGGAUGGAUCGGAGGCCUAUCAGAAUGGAAGAUCUUGUAUUUCCUGGGCAAGGACAAAGAUGGAUUAUUAAAAAAAGAAACCAUUAGAGCUGUUUAUGAUGGAAGCUUGUUUGAAAAGAUGGCGGAGGAAAAGAUUAAUUCGUCCAAGAAGAAACACGUUGAUAAAUAAAGAGAAGUAACGCGUGAAAGUGUUGUGUGAUUGGAUUUUACACUUGCUGAUUGUAUGAUUGAUGUCUGCAAAGUAUUGUUGGGUUGAGAAGUGGAUAACAACUGACAACAAAGUGUCUAUGUACUAUUCUUGUAGAUAUAUAUAUUUUUAAUUGUAUUUAUUAUACUGUAUAAAACACUACAAAACUGUUAGAUUAAUGUGCAUAUAUAUAUGAGUAUUUUAAACAACCCUUGUAUCUUAGCUUUUUAGUAUGUGUGUAGAGUAAUCGUUAAAUUAUUUUAUCAAUGUACAUGCAAAUAUUAAAAUUGUAAGCAAC